AUGGAUGGUAUUCUUGCAGCAGCUGUAAAGGCAGCUGAAGGAGCCCUUAAGUUCGGGCACCCCACAGGUUAUGCCUGGCUGCAAACUGUGCGGGAUAUGAAGCGGCUGACGGGGCUGAUGAUGCACUGGCGGCUUCAGCUGUACCUACAGGUGACCGUGCUGCUGCUGCUGCUGCUGUUGCUGCUGCUGCUGCUGCUGCUUUUGCUUGCUGCAGUAUUUUCUGACUGCACGAAUGAACUGCAGCUGCAUCUGCUGCUGGAGCACUAA